UAUAUGUUGGUUGUGCUUGACACUUUGUUUUGGCAAAACAAAUAAAAAAAAGUGAAAAGUGCAUUUCGAAUUUCUUUUUGGAAAGUGUGAAUUUCGUUACAGUACGUGGUGGCAAUGGAUAAGGCAUCCCUCGAUUGGGUCAGUCAAAUGGUCAAAGAGGUGCAAGAUGAUCCUGGAAAAAUGAUCGAAAUGCCACCUGAAAAUCUUUGUAACGACGCGACCCUGAAGGCCAUGCUUAAUAUGGCUAUGAUGGACACAGUUGCCACAACGGCUCGAAAUGUGGUAUUACUUUUCGCCAUUCGGAUGGGCGACGACCGUCGGCUUUCGCCAUUUCUACGGGCCACAUUAAGAGAAAAGCUUUGUGAAGCGACGACCAUGCCGACCGAAUUGAAGUUUGCGUAUUUGUCGGAGGCGACCCGAAUUUGUAGCCAUCCGCGUUUCAAGGCCAAGCUCGCGCAACUAAGCGCACCGAAAACCGCCCGGCGUCAACUGGCGGCAUCUCUAGCACCAAACCAAUCAGCAACCGUGGAGCAAGCAGUGUCUUUCGGGCCAUCUUUUGCCGCUGUUUUGUGUGGCGCAGCACCUCCACCUGUAAAGAAGACAACCGAAGUUAAAGAGAACAUCGUUUACAUCGUUUACGAAGGAAAGUUUUUUUUCUUACUUUUUAUUUUUAAGUUAGACAUUUAAAGAUAAAUCAACAGGUUUGUUCCGUCGUACGGUAAAAACGAUUUUUGCAAAGCCGAAAACGAACGAGAUCAUAAACAUGUGUGAAAAUUCGUUUUAUUGCUUGCCCCAUGCGAAAAUUGAUUCAUACAUAUCAAUUUGGCGCGUGCGAAAAUAGUCGAUUACAUGGGAGACAUUUGCGUGACACUAUCGUCAGGGAAACUCUAUUUUCGCGGGGUGUUCACGUAAAACAAGUUUUCGCGGGGUGCAGCCAGAUGAAGAAGAAUGAAUCAGCUGAAAUAUUUAAUGCUUUUCAACAUCAAAUAGACAAUAAUUAUU